AUGGCGGUGGCGGGCGGGCCGGGGAGUGCGGGAGGUGGCAGAGCAGCGGAAACGGGAGACGUGGCUGCUCCUGCGGUCGUGGAAGGGAACGAUGGGCCGUCAGUGGUUGCAUUAGGCGGCGGAGCUGCGCCAUGCAGUAGCUCGGAAGCGGGAGGCUGCGGUGGGGAAGGCACGGCUUGGCUCGGGGCCGCGGUGGCGAGCGGCGGCGGCAGGAGCGGGAAGGCGACCACGGGCGGCAGCGGGGCAGCCUCGUCAGCGGGAGAUGAUCCCGGGGUGGCGGGAGGCAGGAGGAGCGGCAUGGAGGCGGCGAGAAUCUGUUGCCGGGGGGCCAUGGCGAGCGGUGGGCUAGUCGGUGGCUGGACCGCGGCGUGCAUCCGCUGGGAGCUCGUAAGCUGGGCUGGGGUGGCUGCCGCCCCGGCGGGCAGGGGCGCCGCUGACGGGAGGCUGGGCUGGAGCGGCGGCAGGCACGGGAGGGGCUGCAGCCACCGGUUUAGCCGCCGCGGCGCCGGUACGGGAUGGGUUGCGGGGCUGGGGCGCCCCGGUCCCAGCGCAAGCGGCGCUGCGCUGGGACUGGAGGAUUGAGCCGAAACGCCGGCAGGGACGGGGUCAGCCAUAGGCGUCUGCUCUGCCGCGGGGACCGUGGGCAGCUCGGGGUGUGCUGCAUGCGCUUGAAUGGCAGGAUAGGGGGGCAGGGUUCCCGCGGUAACGUGCAGAAGGGGCGCUGGGGACGACAGCGCGGCGGAGGCGGACGGGGCUUGGACCACCACCGGCGCUGGACUCGCGGCGGGAGAAGAGCUCGGGGGGGCGACCGCUGCGGGCAUCCCCCGUGCAGCAAACAACGCAACCAGCGCCCUGCAAGCUGGGACCAGCUCCGCGGCAGCCAUAUCCCGGCGGGAAAUACUAUUAAAGAGCUUAAUUCCAACUGUGUCCCGAAAGUCUCUGGUAAAGACGGCUGAACGGUCAGCAUUUGGGAAAUUAAUUAAAGUCCAUUCUAAGAGGUUUUUUAACUCCUGUUUCGGUAAUUGACUUGGCAUAGAACUCAAUAAAUGCUUUAGUUGCUUAUAGAGA